AUGGAAGGACUCUAUCAAAGCCCACCUUAUAGUUAUUUGCCUCAAGUCAACACUGCAGCAGCAACGUCAGCUGUUGACAGCUACUCUACCACAGCGACUGCAGCAACGACGCAUAACAACAGUUAUGACAAUGUUUUUGAAAGACCUCUUCCUAUUCCUCAGAUAAGCGAUUAUCAGCAAGGACAGCGUACAGCAACACCCGACGCUUACUCUUCAUCCGCUUCUAACAGUGCUAUGUGGUCCAACCAUCAUCAUCAUCACCACCAUCAACAUCAGCAUUCUCCAUUGAUUCACUAUCAGCAACAACAACAACAACAACAACAUCCUCCUUAUCAACCCCUCCACAGCUUUUAUCAUUAUACUACGCCUGCUACACCAGGCACACCUACUUCCAACCAUCAUACUGCUUUUCACCACAUGUUAAUGUCCACUACCAAUGCACCGCGUCCAAAGUUGACGACCAAUAUUUGGGAGGAUGAAGGCACCGUCUGUUAUCAAGUGGAUGCGAAAGGCAUUUGCGUAGCCCGUCGUCAAGAUAAUGAUAUGAUUAACGGUACUAAAUUACUCAACGUGGUUGGUAUGUCACGGGGUAAACGUGAUGGCAUACUCAAGAAUGAAAAAGGCCGUGUUGUUGUGAAAGUGGGCGCCAUGCAUUUGAAAGGUGUCUGGAUACCUUUUCUUCGUGCCAGAGAGUUGGCUAUCAAGUUCAAAAUCAUGGAUAUUUUGUAUCCUCUUUUUACCGAAGAUCCCAGUGUUUAUAUGUGCCAAAAUACGACGCUCAACAACAACGAUCCUGAAAGUAGUAACUCACCGACGGUUGCUGCUGCUACUGCUGCUGCUGCUGCUGAUAUGAAUGAAGAUGAGAACAGUACGAUUCCUACAGCUUCCAGUUUAUUAGCCUCUAUUAUGGAUCAUCAAAACGCUAAAAACGAUAGAACAAAUGAUCUACUUUUCAGAUCCGCCUCUCUGUCCUCGGCAACCUCUUCUUCCAACCACUAUCCUGCUCCUCUUCCCCCUCCUCCUCAUCAACUUCAACAGCACCAAACUAUAGCAACAGACGCGAAUGGUGGCUAUGAGAAUAAUAAAACGGCUACUUCUUACAACAACAAUAGUCAUUAUGCAUAUAAUUUAAGCAACAUCAACCAUCCGUUCAAUGAAGAUCAUUCUCUUCAAGAUUCUCACCACAGCCAUAGCCCUACUCUCCAUCGAUCCUAUACGACUCACAUCGCCCGUGAAUCGGCAGAAGAGAGUACCCACCCUAACUUUUAUUAUCAAGAGUAUUACCAUCCGCAUCCGUCACAAGCCUCUCGUCCACCCCAUCAUAAUAGACAUAGUAUUAGUAGUCUAUCCAGUCAUCACUCUGCUUCUUAUUUAUAUCAUACUUCUGUUGCUCCUCCACACGACGAAGCUGGCAGUUCUCUCUACGACAAACUAAAUCAAGUCACUGCUGCUAAUGAAGCCGCCGCCGCCGCCGCCGCCGCUGCUGCUGCUGCUGCUGCUGCUACCACUUCAUCCUAUUAUACGGCUGGGGCUUCUGCUUAUUACAGUACUGCUACAGCGGCAACGAACAGUAACUCUUCUCCAUCUCUUGCCAUGCCUACUGCAAUGACCCCUCUCUCCACUCUUGAUACAGUGACGGCUAACCAUCACUAUCAACAACAACAAGAUUUAAGUGCUGGAUCAAGUACGCCUUCUUCUUGGUACUCACCUGAAACGCCAACAGCCGCCUUAUUUCAACAGCAACAACAACAACAACAACAACAACAACAACGACAACGACAACAGAAAGAAAUGGCUUCUGCUGGCAUUAAAACCGAAGAUGAUCUUCUCCCUAGCUCCAACCAAACAACCACAGGCAAAAAGAGAAGAAGAAAGAUGUCCACGGACCAAGAUGUGUCCGAUAAGAAACGGCCUUCUUCUUGUUCAUCUUCUGCUUUAUCAUCACCUCGAUCUCCCACAUCUUCUCUCCCCUCCUCCUCUUCCUCUUCCUCUUCCUCCUCGAAAGCCAAAGUAAAGAAAGCAAAGCUGUCCUCAUCGUUCAAGAAAAGUAUGAACACCACGCUGCCCUCUUUGUCGGAAGAAACACGUUCUAUGGUGAAGAGCAAAGAUUAA